CGGGCGGCCAAACCAACAGACCCCUCCCUGCCGCUGCUCCAGGCGCCGGGCAACCUGCAGCUGCCUCACCGGGUCACCAACUUCUUCAUCGACAACAUCUUGCGCCCAGAUUUCGGGAAAAGAAAGGACGGGAGCGCCAGCAGAGACGAGGGCAGCCUCGCGUCCAGAGAGAGCCACAACAGCCCGGCGACUGCGCCCCAGAGCGAGGCGGUGGGCAGCACGGUGCCGGCCGAGGGCACCUCCACCCCGCACACCGUCAACGCGGCCAAGAAAGCCGCCUUAGAGGCGGAGGAGCCGCUGAAAGGCCGCGGGGAGAGCGGGGAGCAGUGCCUCAGCACGGACUCGGACAGUUCCCAGGCCAGCUCCAACCCUCAGAAGUCCUCUCAGCCACUGCUGUGGCCCGCCUGGGUCUACUGCACCAGAUACUCGGACAGGCCUUCGUCAGUCAAACGUCACCAGGACUGCAAAGAGGACAAGCGACCACGCACGGCCUUCACCGCGGAGCAGCUGCAAAGACUCAAGACUGAGUUCCAGACCAAUCGGUACCUGACGGAGCAGAGGCGCCAGAACCUGGCGCAGGAGCUGGGCCUGAACGAGUCCCAGAUCAAGAUCUGGUUUCAGAACAAGAGGGCCAAGAUCAAGAAGGCCAACGGUACUAAGAACUCUCUGGCUUUGCACCUGAUGGCACAGGGACUGUACAAUCACGCCACCGUGUCGUCGAAGGACGAAAAAUCCGACAGUGAUUGAGUUCUUACUUAUGAUUGGUUGGGUUUCAGUGACGUCAUAGCCUCCAGACGAAAAAGAAGCUACAGUAAUCCUAUAUCCGUUCUACUUUUAUUUGACAGAUGUCAUCAGAGUAUUUAUCAACACUACAGCAGUAUUAAAGUACUACAAAUGUCUAUCACUACACUGAAUGUUGACCCCCGACCCCCGACCCCCGGGUCUAUUAAAAUACUCCACAAGGUCACAGGACAGAGCACCAGUCUCCAUGUUCCUACAGGAAGGUUCUGGUGGUUUUUGGAGGUUUCAGCCGACAAUGCAAUAAUCCCACAGAUUAAAGGGCCAGUGUACAGAGAAUACCAGCAUAAAAAUCCUUUUUAAAAAUGUUAGAGACAUCUCUGCAAUAUCACGUCUAUGAAUGAAAAGAUGAAGUUGUAUAAAGGUUUCUUCUCCUCCUCCCCGCUGCUCCACCCAGCUCCUGCAGGAGGACGCAGCACCACCUGCUCCACACCCUCCAAUCCCGACCGUCUAUUUUCCUACAUUAGCCCUCAGUGCGACGACAGAACCAACGAUUGUCCCAGCGCCUGACCGUCCACCCGUCAGAGACUGAAGUCAAAAAGUCCAAAGAAUGAUUCCUCUGCUGCAUCCAGGCUACUGUGAACUCAAACCUUACAUUUUUCUUGCCUGUAAAAACACGGACGUGUGGAGGGAAGUUUCUUACUAACGAAUUGGGCAGAAGUUUUAUAUAAAAAUGUAGAAAAUGUCUGUUUUUCCUAACAAAAAAAGAAAAAGAAAAAAAAAGGACCUUGUUGAUGUCUGUGCUGUGUCGGAGCAGCUAAUGUCAGUUUAACAGCAAUACCAGAGCUGGGACGCUGCCUCCACCGUCACAGGACGACCACCACGGUGUCAGACCUGAGCAGACAUUCGACCACAUGUUCAUCUACGGCUGCAGCAGACGGUGGCACGGUGGCUCAGUGGCACGGUGUCACGGGUGUGUGCAGACGGAGGACUUCAUAUGUGUAUUUAUAUAGAUUCUAUUGAGAAAAGAAAUCUAUCCAAUGACCAGUGUUGCUUUAGAGUAGAAGUCUGAGGUGUUUACACUGCUUGUUUAUCUUGCAAUAACUUUGUCUGUUUUUUCUUUUCUUUUCUCCGUUGUUUGUGAAUGAACCUUUCUUUACGGGGCCUUUGCAUGAAAGCUGCAAUUUGUGGACAAAUAACUGUGUUUCUGAGCCUCCCUGGAGCGGAGGUGGACGCAGCUGCGUCUGUGACUGUAUCCAUACCAAACUGUGGACCCUUUGACUUUCUUUGUUCUUUUCCUUUUCUUGUUGUUGUGUACCUGCAAAAAGUGUGUGUGAAUUCAAAUCCACCAAACCGAGAACACACUUUGCCUUAAAAGUUCGGAGCGUGAACUUUUCUAUCAAACAGAACUGUGCCGAGAAUCAGAGAAGCAGUACGACUCCAGCUGAAUGCCUUCUAUGAAAACUGCUGGUACGACAUUAUGAAUCUACUCAUCAGCGUAUAUCUAUCUAUAUAUGUUUAAAUAAAAAUGACAACACAGAGUUGUAGAAUACAAUGCUAUUUUUUAUUUUAUGUUUGCGGAGUAUUCUUUGGUAUAAAUGUACAUAGUUUGUAUGAUCCUGUAUUAAUGGUGUAAUUAACUGGAAACUGCAAAAGAAGAAGAGUGAAUAAAGGCUGAAGAUUA